UCUCUCUCUCUCUCUCUCUAACUUUCUCUCUCUACUGGUCGCAUUCCUUUCGUGCGCGUCUCACCAACAGCAAUGACCAGUUCAGCUCCACUACUACUCGAUCAACACCACCACCACCAUCCUCAUCAUCAUCAUCAUCCUCCUCCAUUGAAGAAGAAGAACCACCACAAGAAGAAGAAGAAGAAGAAGAAGAAGCAAGUCCUUCCUCUCUCUCCAAUCUCUGCGCGUCGACCUCUCGCCGGCCUCCCCGAUGUCUCCGCCGCCACGAUCGCUCCUCCGCCUCUCCCUCCUCCUCGCCCUGUCGCUCCUCCCUCCCUCCCUCCCCCAGCCCCAGCCGCCGCCGCCGCCGUCCUCCAUCCUGAUCGACUGCGGCGCCGCCGCGCCGACCGCCGCGUACGGCCUCCCGUGGCAGGCGGACGCGCCGUUCGUCUCCUCCGGCGCCCCGAGGAACCUCGCGGUGGACACCGCGGACCCCACGCUCGCCACCGUCCGGUCGUUCCCCAACCUCCCCGGCCGCAAGUUCUGCUACGUGGUCGACGUCGUCCGCGGCGCCAGGUACAUGGUGCGGAGCACCUACUUCUACGGAGGGGUCAACGGCGUCCCCGACCCGCCGGUGUUCGACCAGAUCGUGGACGGGACCCUCUGGGCCGUGGUCAACACCACGGGAGAUUAUCGCAAUGACGAUUCGACUUAUUACGAAGGGGUGUUCAUGGCUCAGGGCAAGACCAUGAGCUUCUGCGUCGGGGCUAAUGUUUAUACGGAAUCGGACCCGUUCAUUUCGGCUCUGGAGUUUGUUCCAUUGGGCGAUUCGGUGUACAAUUCGACGGAUUUCGGGAGUUCAGCGCUCAGUUUGGUCGCCAGGAACAGCUUCGGGGACAGCGGAGAUCCCAUUAGAUUUCCCGAUGAUCAAUUUGACCGUCUCUGGGUGCCAUUUGGAGGAAAUGGUUCUUCCAAAACAAGCAACAAUUUAACUGUUUCUGGAUUUUGGAAUCUUCCUCCCUUGAAAGUAUUUGAAACAGAGCUGACUGCGACCGCAUCACAGCCACUGGAGUUGCAAUGGCCUCUGGGUUCUCUACAAAAUGGAUCGUACUAUAUUGCUCUAUAUUUUGCAAAUGAUCAUGAUUCGGUAGCUGGAGGCUCAAGAAUCCAGGACAUAACAGUAAAUGGUUUUCCAUUUUACAGCAACUUGAAUGUUACUUCAGAUGGCGUUGCCGUUUUUACUUCGAAUUGGCCUCUCGUUGGCCUUACAAAGAUAAAUCUGGUGCCUACUAGCGGUUCAACUUUAGGUCCUUUAAUCAAUGCUGGGGAAGCUUUUCAGGUGCUGCCUCUUGGAAGAGUAACUCACACAAGAGAUGUGAUUGCUUUGGAAAAAUUGAAACUCAGCUUGCACAAUCAUCCUAUUGAUUGGAGUGGUGAUCCUUGUUUACCUCAGCAGUACUCCUGGACUGGAGUUACGUGCUCUCAGGGCGGCCGCCGGAUCCGUGUGGUCGCUUUAAACCUGACUGGUAUUGGUCUCUAUGGAUCCCUGUCACCUUAUCUUGCUAAUAUGACUGCAUUGACUGGCAUCUGGCUCGGAAACAAUCACUUAUAUGGACCUAUCCCUAAUCUCAGUGCACUAAGGAACCUUGAAAUAUUGCAUUUAAAUGACAAUGAGUUGAAUGGGCCAAUUCCCUCAUCACUUGGAGCCAUAAGUGGCUUGAAAGAACUUUUCUUGCAAAACAAUAAUUUGACUGGUCAAGUUCCAAGCAGCCUCCUUAAUAAGCCUGGAUUGAAUCUCAAGUUUUAUGGCAACAGUUUGCUGUCUGCACCACCCCCACGAUAAUGACAAGACUGUAGCUGAAUACCCAAAAGUGGAAGCAAGAUGGUCAGUGUUAUUGGAUAAGUCGGUCACGUUAUUCAUGGGAUCUUUACUUGAAGUUUUGCCAGCUCAGCCACGAGUCGCAGAAUGGAAAAGUUGCAUCAUUUGGGUCUAGAGCUGUAUGCACUCUUCUAGCAUUUGAAGCGCCACUCUCUUUGUAAACUGAACAUAGUUGGUUCAUACUCACUGUAUUCUUUUAUUAACUUGGUCUUGUUGUGUAAGGCUCUCAUACUGUAUGUUAUGUAAAGGCAAAUAUUCUGAAAAUGAUACGUCUUUUUGUUUUUCAUCCAUGUGUCUGUAUUAUGAGCAUUAACGUGUAAUACCAACCUUCCUACAACAGUCUUGAUCUUGCCGGAUAACACAAUUGCAAUUCAGCUAAGUUUGUUGGAUGAAAUUCUACUUUUACAAGGCAGCAACACCCGUGUCUAAAUGUUUUUCACUAAAUGAUGCUUUAGCAGUUCAGUGCCAUUUCUCAGGUCAAUUGUAAUUCGGUCUUUGGUAUGAACUUGGCAUCCUGGGAGGGAACUUCUUGCUUGUUUCUGGAUUGAAUACACUAUCAACAUUUGCCCUUAAUUCAGGUUUUGCUUACUAAUUGGGUUGUGCCAUUGCUCAUUCCGUUGUGCUGCGUAGCCGUCGCAUCCCUUUUUAAUCAACAAGUGAAAGGGCCAAUUCUGUAGCUACCAUCCGAUCUGAGAAAAGAUAAAGGAGUCAUAGCUAGCACGCAAGAAUUUCUAACCAGAUUCGAUCUCAGUCUCUCUUGGUAUAUGUGGCGUUAUGAUGCAGAUUGAAAUCUUCUUUUGCCUAACUUCCGGUUCGUUGAAUGUUCCCAUCUAAUCUUGUUACUCACGAAAAAGAAAACUUGUUUGAGUAAGGCGAUGUGGCUAACUUUCUUCUGUCGCGGUACUUAUCUGAAGUCGCGAGACUUCUUCCUUCAAAGAACUACUGCAUAUUCCUCAUCACUUUAGGUUCCCACCCAUCAAAUUCAUCUUCAGGUUCGUUUACCUCUCUACAAGCUAAUGAGUUCUCUCUUUUCUAACCCAGAACAUGGUAACAGACUUCUUGGAUUGCUCAUAUCGUACGAUCUCACCUUCUACAUUCCUGUUUUGGUAAAGAGGAACUAACUCGAGUUUAUCGAUCGGUCCAGGUACGACAGCAUGCCCUUGUUCUUAGUAGAAUCCGGUGACUAAUCAAGCGUUUUUUUGUGUCGUUCCAAAUAGCAUUCCGCAGAUUUUCGAGUCGCAAAUUCUUCCCGGUAGAGUCUUCCCUGGCGGGGUGGGCUCACUGAAUAGUAACGUUCGGAUCGAGCGGACCCAUGGAACGUGGAUGGUUCACCUGAUUCAAUUAUACGUGCCUUGCUUGGUCCACGUGGUGUACGGGUCAAGGCUUGCAAUCCCUUUCUACUGCACCGGGCAACUGUGUGGACUUAAUUACAUGAUUUGCACAAAAUCAUUUUUGCAUCUGCAUCAUGAAAGACUUUAUAUCUGACGACUCUGAAGCCACAUGCUGCAAUGCAAUCUGUGAAUGUUGUAUUUUCAGUAUUUCCAUGUAAUUUUUUUCACCCGGAUUUCCAUCAUUUUCCA